AAUAUGUGAUGAGCUCACAGUGCUGAGUGCUCUGACUGAUCCUCUGUAACGGGCUCUUCACCAGUUUAUGACAGAAACAUCUCAUGGCUCGGCGGGCAGAACUUGGUGGAUAGCCAAAACCGCGCUGUUAUUCCUGAGCUUCAGUGGUUUUCCGCCGAGGGGACACGUUAAAUUGUGUACCGGUGCCUCAGCAAAUGUGGGCUACAGACUGGCUGCGUGUUCCUGUCUGUGGGCUUAGUCGCGUAGUGGUGUGUUAGCAGUUAGCUUCAGUUAUACACUUCCUGUAGCGCUUUCGGGCUGGGCCUGGAUACCGAGGAGGUGCCGCUGCUCUCCGAUUAAGAAAAAACAGCGCGUCUGCUCAUGUUAACGAGUGAAGAGUGAAGUGCUUCCUGGUGUAGGAUGCUUGUUGACUGCAGCUCGAACGCUGUCGCUUCUUUCUGCUUGGCUGCUGACAGUCUGCAGUAGCACAAUGAUUGACAUCUUUUUGCUGCCUGUCCUGAGGUGCCUCCCCAAGUCCUUCAAAUGAUAUGAUAGUAGCCACCUGGAUUGCAUUCUGUGCCAGCAGGAGCCUUGCGCGGGUUCUACGAUUGACCGUAGAACAGCUGCGAACUGUAGAGUUCUGGCCAAGCUUUGCAGGCAGUGGAGCCAUGGGGAACAGCUGUGUGUGCAGAGAAGACAGCGACGUGGAGGAGGGAGCAGCGCCUCGCAGGCAGCUGAGGCGAGUGGACAACUCGGCCGCUGAUCCCCCGGAGGCCAGGAGCAGCCGGCCCAGGGACCCCGUCCGACCACCCAGACGAGGCCGGGGGCCUCAUGAGCCACGACGGAAAAAGCAGAAUGUGGAUGGCCUGGUGCUGGAUACACUGGCUGUCAUCAGAACUCUUGUUGACAAUGACCAAGAGCCACCUUACUCUAUGAUAACGUUGCAUGAGAUGGCUGAAACCGAUGAUGGAUGGCUAGAAGUGGUGCAGUCUCUGAUCCGAGUGAUUCCUCUGGAUGACCCACUCGGUCCGGCUGUGAUCACCCUGCUGCUGGAUGAAUGCCCUCUGCCCACCAAAGAUGCUUUGCAAAAGUUGUCAGACAUGUUAAGUCUGAGUGGAGCCGUGGCUCGUCAGGACGCCCUUAUCCCCGCCAAGCACCGCAACACCACUGCAGUACUAGGCUGCCUUGCUGAGAAACUUGCUGGCCCAGCUAGCAUUGCACUCCUCAGCCCAGGAACCUUGGAGUAUUUACUGGAGAGCCUGAGUUCAGAGGCCCAUCCAACUGUAAUGCUCUUUGCCCUCAUUGCUCUGGAGAAGUUCUCCCAGACCAGUGAAAACAAGCUGACUGUGUCCGAGUCAUGUAUUAGCGAUCGACUUGCUGUCUUGGAGUCCUGGGCAGAUCACUCGGACUAUCUUAAACGCCAGGUUGGCUUCUGUGCACAGUGGAGUCUUGACAACCUCUUUCUAAAAGAUGGUCGCCAAUUCACUUACGAGAAGGUCAAUCUCAACAACAUCAAUGCCAUGUUAAACAGCAAUGAUGUCAGUGAAUAUCUCAAGAUAUCUCCAAGUGGAUUGGAGGCACGGUGUGAUGCUUCGUCGUUUGAGAGUGUCCGCUGUACGUUCUGUGUGGACUCAGGGGUUUGGUACUAUGAGGUCACAGUCAUCACCUCUGGGGUCAUGCAGAUUGGCUGGGCCACAAAGGACAGCAAGUUCCUCAACCAUGAGGGCUAUGGGAUUGGAGAUGAUGAGUACUCGUGUGCAUACGAUGGCUGCAGGCAGCUGAUUUGGUACAAUGCUCGCAGUAAACCUCACUCCCAUCCCUGUUGGAAAGAAGGUGAUGCCAUAGGAUUUUUGCUGGAUCUCAGCAAGAAACAGAUGGUUUUCUUCCUGAAUGGACACCAACUUCCUCCUGAGAAGCAGGUGUUCUCCUCUGCCACGUCUGGCUUCUUUGCAGCAGCCAGUUUUAUGUCCUACCAACAGUGUGAGUUUAACUUUGGGGCCAAGCCCUUCCGCCACCCCCCUUCCGUUAAGUUCAGCACCUUUAAUGAGUUUGCCUCACUCGCAUCCGAUGAGAAGAUCAUCCUUCCCAGACAUAGACGCCUAGCCCUUUUGAAGCAAGUUAGCAUCAGAGAUAACUGCUGCACCCUCUGCUGUGACAAGAUGGCAGACACAGAGCUGAGACCCUGUGCACACAGUGGGAUUUGUAUGGAGUGUGCCUUACAGCUGGAAACGUGCCCCUUAUGUCGACAGGACAUUCAAACACGGGUCAGACUCAUUUCCCAUGUGUCCUGACACUAGCCCAGAAAGCCAGGGCAUGGACACUCCCCCUAGCUUCCAUCCCAUCCAGUUCCCUCUGUCCAAGAGAUCAACCUGACCAGUAGAACCAUGAUGCUGUUUCCAGUCUGGAAGCUACAGCUCAGAAUGUUGUGAGGAAGGACAUGGAACCUUUCCUUCUUCUAAAGACAGAGAUUAGGUUUUUCGUCUUUUUAAGGAAGAAGCACAUCUUCAAGAUGGUCACACACCCCUAUCAGAAAGGAUGAGAGAGCUGAAGAAAUCUGAGGAAGAAAAAAGAUUUCUGAGAAGUUCUAAGCACCAUUUCCAGAAACCAUACAUGCCAUACAAAUGCAUUGCAUAUACAAUCUGCCUAGGACUCUCUCUCUACAGGCUCUGAUCAGCAGGGCCUGCAUAUCUCUGUGUUCAGAUGUGUUAAAUGUAUCUGUGACUCUUCUCAUGUUUUAGUCCAACUAAACCUUAAAGGCGCAACAAGAAAGACAGCAGUUCCCUAACCACUUUUAUUUCCACGAUGAAUCAUUCUCUCUCAUUCUCAUUCUCAUUCUCUCUCUCUCUCUCUUAUUCUCUCUCUCUCUCUCUCUCUCUAUAUCUCUCUUAUUCUCUCUCUCUCUCUUAUUCUCUCUCUCUCUCUCUCUUAUUCUGUCUCUCUCAUUUUCUCUCUCUCAUUUUCUCUCUCUCUCUCAUUUUCUCUCUCUCUCUCAUUUUCUCUCUCUCUCUCAUUCUCUCUCUCUCUCUCUCUCCCUCCCUCUCUCUCCCGUACUUGAAACAGUUGUGGAAUGAUUCCCUUGCAUCAGUAGGAUGGAGGUCUUGAGUUAAAAAGCUGUGAUUUCCAGUGGUAUUGUAUAGAUUUUCAUUGUACGCAAUGAAAAUCGCAUUAAGUAUCAGCAACUAAACUCCGUAAAGUUGCAGAGAAUAAAUUUUGUUCAGGUUUCAGUAGUGAUCAUGAAAUGGCCUGAACGAUUCAAACAUUUGUCUUGCUUACCCUGAUUAUGUAAGGAAGAUGCACAUA